UUCAGUCUGCCAGCGUUGGCCACCAGCUUCAGUUUGCUCACAGAGGGCACUGAGUUCGCGCGCGCAACGGAAGAAAAACUCCGUCGGGAAAAAUCGCGGUUUUUUGGCGUCCGGGAAAAAACGGCCUCUCACGGAACCUAGGUUAUCGGCGAGAUUUGCGGGGAAAACAAGAUAAGCCAGCCCGCGAGUCGCCACGUUAUCGGGUUCGCGUUAUCGGAGGGGUGCCCUGAUUGCAGCUUUUCUCCAGCAAGGGGGAACGACACCCAGAAGUGCAGAGUUGGUGGAAAGUUUCCUCAAUAAAAGUUGAGUUAAGGUCGACAAAGUCGACUGAUUGAAUUGGAGAAGUUCACGUAGUUCAAAGAACCUUAAAAAGUGCAGUAAACUUUGACAUCUUUUGACAGUUUUGAGGUUAUGUCGACAAAGUCGACCAAUGUGUUCUUCUGCCGUCUAGCUCCAAAGAAUAUCCAAAGUCGCUUAACGAAAACCCUAGUUUGAGUGACUUCCAAUAGAGUAGUGUACAGUGAAAAUUAACUGGACAUGUUCAAGGUUAUGUCAACAAACACAACCUAUCCAUCGCCAGGUCUAGCAGCUGUUAUAGUCGACUAGCACUACAAACAUUGACAGCUACCAAACUAGCCCUGGAAAGUGCCCAGAGUAGCUGGAUGAAUUCCUAACCUUAAAGAAUUCUUAAAUGAGAAGUGUAGUAACAACUUUGAGGUUAGAUCGACAAAUCGAACCUACGGGUUUCGGAAUUUCAGUGUAAAGGCCUACGAAGCAGAAGUUUUUGAGGUUCUGGAUUGAAACUGUCAGCCAAAAGAGACUUUUUGAAGCACAGCGAUUCAAGUGUUAAAACCGUUUUGCGGUUAAGUUGACUAUAUCGACUACUUCAGUUCUUGAAGAACUUAUUGUGGGAAUCAGCCUCAAUGCUGAUCUGAGUCCAGGCAGAUGUUGUCAGUACUAAAGAUAGUAAAAGUACAAUAAAUCUUCGAUGCUGACAAAGAAGACUUAAAGUCGACAUAGUCGACAAACCAAAUCUGAGUGCAUGUAGAAACUCUAAAGUUUUCGAAGAGUUCCUGAAAAAAGUUCCCAGUAUAAGGAGCAUUGAGCAUUGUGCAAGUUUCUGAGUCAAUUUUGAGGUUAAGUCGACAAAGUGGACACCUUGGGUGGUUGGUAAAAUUGGAUUUUAAAUGUGUAUUAAGAGAAUUUAAAUGCCAUGGACACUUUUCUGGGUGAAAAUUCCCAUAAUUCGAAAGUGAACUGUGUUUGAGAUUAUGUCGACUAAGUCGACCUCUACAGUUUGAAGUGCAACCAAGAAACUCAAGAAGCUGUCUCUGAAUCUCCAGCUGAAGUUCCUGAUCCAACGUGCACCGCACCCUCACAAGCUGUCAAAACAAAACCAUCCUCCUUUGAGGUUAAGUCGACCUCCAGUUCUGGGUGCACCAACCUGUUCCAUGUGGGAACCAGCUCCAGACGUGCGGUCGUAAAUAAUCGUGGCAGAAACGAGAAGAAACGGGGGGAGGAAAAAAUCAAUCAGCCCCGUGUGUCACUUUCAUUCCGCGGGAGCUUCCGGUGGCGCGAAAAUCGAAAGUGUAAACACUUCGCGCGGGGUUAAGUCGACGCGUGCCCGGGCGUAAAUUGGACGGUCGACAAGUGUGUGUGUGUGUGUCGGUGUUUGUGUGCCGGGCGGUGGAGCCAAUGAAAAAGCAAUUUCGGAAAAUUAGCUCCCAUCGUAAUUUGUGUGAAGUGGGAUUGAUCGGGCCUCGUUGACCUCCCGGGGCGGCGUACGUCGACUACGUCGACUCGUUGAUUGUGGGCGAUCGGGCGGAGUUUUUUGAGUGGUUUUUUUUCGAGAAUCGAAAAGGUUAGAUCAAAAGCUAAAAGUUUGUGUCAAUACUGGUGAAGUAAACCGUGAAGAUUGGCGAAGGAAAUUGUUAAUGAGUGAAUGCUGAGGAAGCUCAAAGAAGAAAGAAGACGAAGCAGCUGCAGUUUUAUCGCCGUCAUCAGGUGUAACGUCGACCUUCUUCGGGGCAGUCGGCCAAGUCAACCCAACGAAGUUCGCGCGCGCUCUCCGUCAUUACUUAGUCGUCGGUCUCCGAAAUCCCGUCCAAUCCAGCUGUGCUUCGUGGCUCAAGAAGCUGUCAAUUCCUGCAACGAGUGCACUUUGCUUUCUGGUUCAAACGUCGUCCGAAAAGUGUGUGAGAGAGAGAGCCUUUCAAUUAAGGCUACGUAAUUUAGUUAGCAUAACGUCGUUUAGAGCUAGUGAAAUUAGCAACCUUCUCGGGGCAGCCUGAACGUCGAGAAAAGGUCAGUCGCUGCUGAAAUGUGGGUUUCUUCUGUCGAAAACACACCCACGUGGCGGGACCACCCCCUGGAAUAACAACAACCGGAGCAUCCAAUCGAGCGUAACGGUGGAAAAACAUCAAAACAGCCUGCAGCUAUGCAACCCGGUCGACCGUAACGCAGAACGUGACCUCGCUGGAUAUACAUCGCUAGAGGAACGUGAUUUUCUCGGAAUGAAAUUGAUGAAGAUGGAGUUGGGGCAGGCUAAUUAACUACAAAGUUGAUUAUAAUUUGCCAAUUCAAUCAACUGGGGGCAGUUUGUGUUUGAAAAAUGAAAAUUGAUGUCUUAAAAAUGUAAUUUAAGUGAUGUUCUAAGCAGUUCUUAAGAAAGUCCAAAUCCCAUCGAAACAAGUGACCAAACAAAAAUCAAACCAACGAAAAAUUUCCCCGUAAGCAAAAUGGCCGACUCCAGCUCAAGCGACGAAGAGCUGGCCCAGGCCGCCACCACCCUGCCCAAGUCCUCCACGGUGGCCCUGCAACGGCGCGGUCCGGCCCAGUGCCACGAGUGUUACGGCGACUGUGCCGACUGUUGUGUGCCCUGCUGCAAGGACACCGUCCACCGGUGCCACUCGGAUGGUGCCACCGCAGCUUCUCUCUCGCGGAUUGUGACCGGAAAGAACCUGCUGACCCGAACAAUGCGGUACGCGCCCGGGCCGGCCACCCGGAAGUGCGUCCUCACGCUGGACGGGUACUCGUACGUGAUUGUGGCCAGCUCGCCGGAGAACAAAUUCACCAAAGAUGAUCUAACGGUGGCCCCGCGGGAACAGUCGCCCUGUUACGACGCCACUUGCCACCAGCAGCAAGGCUCGACCGCGGCCAGUUACGGUUCCUGCUCGACGUCGGCGUCCUCAUCGGCGACCUCCCACCACCAUCACCACCAGCACCACAACCAACCGUCGUCGGAACAUCACCACCUGGUGCAGCAACAACAGCCGAGGCCCCCCUCGUCUGGCCCAAAUUGCCACCCACAUCCGCACCACCCCCACCAUCAUCAUCAUCAUCAGCACCACCACCCCACCGCCGCCGCAACAACCCACCAGCAGCAGCAUCCGCAUCAACCGGGGUGCUCCUCGCCGGGGUCGUCCUUUGGGGAUUGCUGCGCCCGGAAUGGACAAAUUGCAAAGCAAGGAAGCCUGACGAUUGUAAGACGUACCAACAGCAGAAAAAAUACGCACAUCCUGCAGCAGCAGCAGCCACUCCAGUAUCAUCCACUUGAUUCCGCCGCCGACGGUGACUAUCAGAACCAGACCCAGCUGCUGGAAUUGGACGAGUCGUCGUCGUCGUCGUCGCAGCCGCUGACCGAAAGUGAACUCGCGUUCGUCAACAGCCAGCUCAGCCGGGAGCUCGAAAGUAUGCAACCCACGGGCGCCGCCGGCACCGGGUCCGGGCCCGGGUCGCCACCGGCGUCCAGUGGCACCGUCGUUGCCGUCGUGAACCGGGCCGCGUCCGCCGAUCUGCUCACCGGCGAUGAGCUGGACUCGGUUGACUUGGCCACCGACAAUCUGCCCGCGGUCGACACACCGGACGCAUGUGAUAAGGCCGCACUGAGACUUCGCUGUCUCCUGCGGCAACUGCAGCGCGGCGAAAUAUCCGCCGAGCUGCUGCAGAAAAAUCUUCAUUACGCUGCGCGCGUACUUGAAGCCGUUUUUAUCGACGAGACAAAUCAAGAGGACGGUGGAGGUGGUGGUGGACCCGCCGGAAGUAACAAUAGUGGUGGAGGAGGUAGUGGUGGUGGUAAAGCAAUCAGUAACAACGUCGGAGAUAACAGCGGCAAUGCGGCCAGUAAGGAAGCCCGGCGGGGCGCCACGACGUCGGCCCCGCCUACCCACAGUGGGCCCACGGGACCACCGCUCGGGAAAACGACCAUUCAGAGGCGAAAACUACGUGCACCAGUCUGGGCCAGACGCUUGGCCGACGAAGACGAUGAGCUGUCCGAGGUGCAGCCGGAUGCGGUCCCGCCGGAGGUGCGCGAGUGGUUGGCGUCCACGUUCACCCGCCAGCUGGCCACCACCCGGAAGCGAUCCGACGAGAAGCCCAAGUUCCGGUCGGUGGCGCACGCCAUCCGGGCCGGCAUCUUCGUCGAUCGGAUCUACCGGCGCAUCUCGAGCACCGCCCUGAUGCAGUUCCCGCCCGAGGUCGUCAAGGUGCUGAAGUGCCUGGACGACUGGUCGUUCGACGUGUUCGCGCUGGCCGAGGCCGGCACCUGCCAGCCGGUCAAGUACCUCGGCUACGACUUGCUGAACCGGUACGGCACGAUCCACAAGUUCAAGAUCCCGCCGGCCACGCUGGAAACGUUCCUAUCGCGCAUCGAGGAGGGCUACUGCCGCUUCCGCAAUCCGUACCACAACAACCUGCACGCCGCCGAUGUCGCACAAACCGUACACCACAUCCUCUGCCAGACGGGGAUGAUGCACUGGUUGACCGAUCUGGAGAUCUUCGCCACGCUGCUAGCGGCCUUAAUACACGACUACGAGCACACGGGGACGACCAACAACUUCCACGUGAUGUCCGGAUCGGAUACAGCGAUGCUGUACAACGAUCGGGCCGUGCUGGAGAACCAUCACAUCAGUGCGGCGUUCCGGGUGCUGAAAGAGGACGACUGUAACGUGCUGCAGAACCUCUCCAAGGAGGAAUUCCGCGAGCUGCGGUCGCUCAUCAUCGAUAUGGUGCUCGCGACCGACAUGUCGUUCCACUUUCAACAGCUGAAAAAUAUGCGCAACCUGCUAACGCUGGCCGAGCCGCAGGUGGACAAGUCCAAGGCGCUCUCGCUGGUACUGCACUGUUGUGAUAUUUCCCAUCCGGCCAAACGCUGGGACAUCCAUCACAAGUGGACGAUGCUGCUGCUCGAGGAGUUCUUCCGGCAGGGCGAUCUCGAGCAGGAACUCGGGCUCCCCUUCAGCCCACUGUGCGAUCGUAACAACACGCUCGUGGCGGAAUCCCAGAUCGGUUUUAUCGAAUUUAUCGUCGAACCCAGCAUGGCUGUGUGUGCCGAUAUGUUAGAGAUAGUCUUAGCACCAAUAGCACCAAUCGCAAUGAGUAGUAAUAGCAAAAACAACAACAACAAUAACAACAAUACUAGCAUUAAAGCAAACAAUACUCUAAGUGUACCGAACAACAACAACAACAAUAAUAACAGUAGCAGUGGGGGCGGCGGCGGCGGCGGCAGCAGCCCAACCACAAGCAAUGAAGCAAUAGCAAACAACGGAGGAAGCGGCAGUAGUAGUGGGGAAACGACGGCGACGACGGCGGACAAACCGCCUACCAAACCGAAGGACGUCAAGAAUGGCGCCAAGCCGGACCGGUUCGAGAUCAAGAAACCGUGGAUCACCUGCCUGGCGGAGAACAAAAAGAUCUGGAAGGAGCAGGCGCAGCGGGAUGCGGAAGCCCGGGCCGCUGCCGCGGCGGAAGCGGCCGCCAUCGAAGCCGCCGCCCAAGAGCAACAACAAUCAACGGACGACGGAAGCGCCCCGGAGGCGACGACCUCGGAAGUCAAGGACUAAAUUGUUCGUGUUUUUUAUUAUUAUUAUUAUUAUUACUAUUAAAAUUAUAAAAUAAAUAUACAGAGGAUAAUUUCCACGUACCACAACAUACACACACACACGCAGCAAGAAAAUAACACACACACACUUUGCAGUUUAGAAGGGCGAAUGUUGCUGGAGCGCUGCAGGAUAGCGAUUUACACUAGAGAAUACACACAGAAUAGAUUUACCGACACAUGCAAGCAGACACCCCCCCUUUUUCUAUUUAGAAGAAAGUAAACUUAUAAGUGGUAGUAGCGAAAGAAGUAGUUGAAGUGAGGGUAGCAACUUUCGAUGGAAAUUUUUGUGCGCGAAUGAAACAAAUAGAACAGAAGUAACGAUAGAGACAUUCAAAGAAAGGGACAGUUGCACUGUUUUCUAAAAUUUAAAAGAGAAAUUAAGAAAAUAAUUUAGAUGAAAGAAUAGAAAACUGCUAAUAAAAGAGGAAACAAGUACAUUUAAUAAAAAAAAACACAGAAACACACACACACAUAUAUUGCGAUAAAUGUCAUUAGGAAGAAACAAAAACUAAAACAUCUAAAGAGUCUAAUAGGAAUAACGCUGAUAACAAAAGAAGAAGAAAAAUACAUGAGAAAGUAUUUACACUCUCUAUCCAUACUGUUACACAAUCGAAUUGAACCACAAAACAAAAAACACAACCUGAUAUAUUAAAAUGACACUUACUAACUUCUAUUAGGGGAAAGAGCCAGAAGAAGAAGAAAAGAAAAAAAACUAUUUUCAGCAAAGCUAACCCAGACUCGAAGAAAGUCACUCUUGUUAUACGUUAUUAUCUGAUGAUUCCUGAUGAUUACGAAAUCAUAAUGAUGCUACGUAGAAAGUGAGUCGAGCAGUUCGAGUAGGAAAGGAAAUUAUUUUAAUGAAAAAAGGAAAAAAACAUGGAAGUGGACAAACCGCACACAGAAAAAAACACACCACACCACAAGCAAGCAAGCAAGAAUGCAAGCAAGUAAAUUAUAAACCAACUUCAUAAAAAGCUUCAAAACAAA